AUGUUGUAUACAAAAGAAUUAAUCGACGGUCUCAGAGCUUACGACUUGCCGCAAGUCGUUAUUGAUAACGAAGUUCGUACUUUGAUUGAAAAAAUUGAAUCCAUAGAGGGCUUCAAUCCUACUCAGAAGUUUGACCCGGAAAGACAUAUCUUAUUCAAGGAGGGAGAUUUUCAGAAAACUAAGAUCUUAAAACUACCUGAAUUAGGUAUUACUAAAACCCAUGUUGAUCCUAUUACAGAUGUUGCUGUCACGGAGCCAUUCCCAUUAUUCACUGAAGAGGCCUGCAACAUAAUGAAAUGGGAAGCGUUUCUGAGAAGUACGAUUCAGAAAUACGGUAGAGUACCAAUUAUGGCUAAAAAAAUAACCUCUACUGAUUUUCAAGUUUGUGGAUAUUCUGAACAUGCACCGUUCACAGUCGCUGCUUGGAAGCACCCUAGGGUCCAAGAAAUUAUCAAUAAAUUUGCCGGUGUAGGGUUAAAAAUAAUGUUUGAUUAUGAAAUUGCCCAAAUCAAUGCUUCAUUAGUAGAUAAUAAAAAGCCCAUCGGUAAAGUCAAAGCAGCAAAUCAUAGCCAAGACCCAGAGGAGCUGGGUGCAGUUUUUGACUGGCACUAUGAUUCUAAUUCAAUAACUGUAGUAUUAAUGUUGUCGACUAAUGACAAUAUAGAUGGGGGAAAAACGGGAUUGAAAAAUGGCUCUGAGGAAGUUGUAUUUAUUGGAGAUCCAAAAGUAGGAUAUGCAACACUUUUGCAGGGCCGAGUUGUAAAGCAUGUCGCUUGUAAACCUUUUUCUAAUGACGAAAGAAUCUCAUCUGUUGUCGGUUACAUUCCCGAGUCCUUGGAUGUUCCUGAUACUACAGUAUUGACAACUUUUCGACCAUCAGUUGCACCAAGGUCCAUUCAUAAUGAAUAUUAUCCACAGUGGAUCGAUUAUAGGUUUAAGAGAGUUGAAGAUCGUUUGAAAAGGAAGAGGCAACAAUUGAUGAGUAGAAUGCGAAAUGGUGAGUCUUUUGAACAGAUAGAUGUUGUAGAGUUCUGCAAAGAUAUCUCCGAUUAUUUAAUGAAAAGUUGGAAUGAGUUUGAAUGCAUUCAGGACAGUAAUAAUUAUCCUCCCGCAUUGUUCUCAAUCCCCUACAAAGAUCUUUAA